GCCGCGAUUGGCCGGGCAUGAGAAUCGACGCGCGGCGAUUGGGCAGCCACGGGGAAAGAGGGCGUGGCAGUUAAAGAGCCUCCGGGCUGGCGCUGGCGCGGACGCGUGAGGAAGCAGUAGCCAAGCAAGUGAUGCAGCCGCCGGAGUGAAAGCGGCGCGGGGCCCCCGGUGCUGCGUGCCCCAGCUCAACAACGGUGACUGAACAGAUACCCAGCGGCGGAGGUAGCUACCCUCUCCCGUGAGGCUGUGACAGACCGAAUCCGGCUGAUCGUUAACUUGGGCCCCGAGUCUGCGGGGAGCGCGGUGCCUCUGCUGGCGUUCGCGGCUCGCCGGGCGGGCUCCGCCAGGCGGCUGCUUUCACAGACAACCGGCGACGGAGCUGAGCGGACAAGGCUGUGCAGCUCUGUGCUAUGGGAGAUGCAAAAGAAACUAAAAUGCAAAUAACACCAAAGACUCCAGGACGGGCCACUGUCCUAAACCCCUUUGAAAGUCCAAGUGAUUACUAUAGUCUGCAGGAGCAGAUUGUUUCCAGUCCUUCUGUCUUUAAAUCAACAAAAUCCUUAUCAACUCCAGGAAAAUUUAGGUGGUCUAUUGAUCAACUUGCCCUAAUAAAUCCUGUGGAAAUUGACUCUGAAGAUAUUCGGCGUCAGGCAAUGUAUUUAAGUCAUGCCAGAAUAGAUAAAGAGAUGGAAGACAAAAGACAGAAAGCCAUUGAAGAGUUUUUCACCAAAAGUCUUAUCGUUCCCUCUCCUUGGACAGAUCAUGAAGGGAAGCAAGUUUCCCAGUUUCAUUCCACUAAAUGUAUAGAUUUAAAUAACAUUUCACCGAUUGGAAGACAGCUAACUGUGCAACCUGGAAAAAGCAAUGCUGCUUGUCAGACAGUAUUGUCUUUGCCUGUGGAUUUUAACUUAGAAAAAAUAUUAGGUGAAUAUUUUAGAACAGAAGAAUUUGCAGACCAGUCUCAGGAAAGCCUAAGCUCCUCAUCACUGAGAAGAAAGCUGUUUUUAGAUGAGAAUGGAAGUGUAUCUGAGUGUUUGUCUCUUUCUCCACAAAGCCCUUGUAAUAAUCCACCAGCAUCCCUUGGAGUCCUGUGUUCAAUAGAUAUUUCUCCAGCCCGGUGCAGAAGCCCUGUGGAAACAUCUAGUUCAGGUCAGUUUUCCUCCAGUCCUAUUCAGGGAGGUACAAGGGCAUACAGUCUGGGAAGCAUUACCAGUCCCACGUUUCCAGAGAGGUCCCCUGCAAAUAUCGCUUCCCCUACUUUUUCUCCAAUUGCUUUUCAGAUAAGAAAGACACCAUUGUCAGAACAAAGGAAGUUGACUUUUCGUUCUCCCGAUGUUCCUUCUGCGCCAGUCUCAAACAGAAUGACACCCCCAAGUACUAGAAGUCCUUAUAUAGAUGGCUGUUCUCCAAUUAAAAAUUGCUCUCCUAUGAGACUUGGAGCAUGCAAAGGGACUGCACAGUAUCAAACUUCCCUCAUUAGGAUACCAUUUACCCUUGAAAAUCACAACGAAGAGGCAGAUGACAAAGAGAAUGCCCUACCUGCAGAAGUUCAGUUACCACAGAUGGACACUGGAGUAAAUUUACAGCAGCAGGAUGGUGAUACUUUUGCACAUGGUACACAUUUAGUUGUGGCGACUGUAUCUAUUUCACCAGAUCACUCUGAAGCUUCUGAACAAGGACUGGCAUCGUUGCAGGAUAUAGAAGGUUUAAAAGAAAAUAAUACUGUUGAUAUGGUUGAUUCAGUUGAGGUGUCAGAUGAGAACACUUGGGUUAAGGAAUGUGUUGGUAAUAGCAGUAUGCCAAUGACCAGCUUCAUGACAGGAAUUACUUUCAGUAUUGAAAGCUCUCACAUGUGCAUAUCACCUCUUGCAGAAAGCAGUGUAAUUCCUUGUGACAGCAGUAGUAUUCAGGUGGACAGUGGCUAUAAUACACAGACAUGUGGAAGCAGCAUUAUGGAUACAGUUGGGGCUGAGAACAAUUGCAGAGACAAUAAUGUACAUUCUUAUGAGGCUCAGAACAAAUCUCAGCUUUCCAAAACUAAGGAGUUUCCUGUUUUAAACCGUAAAGACAAUCAGCUGUUGAGAGCAACGUCUCCAGAGAUUCAACCAUGUUUCCAUAAAGUAAAAACAUACAAUACAUUAUUCAGUCAAAAUGCAACUUGCAACUUUUCUACUUGGAAACAUACCAACGAACAUCAGAUUCAGGGAUUUCACAAAAAUGUAAGGACAAACAGUCCCAAGAUCUUGGAUGGAGAGUCUGCCUGUCAUUCUAUGCAAUAACCUGCAGAAAUGCCUCUAUCAAAGUGAUUAGACCAAGGCUGACAAGUAGCCUUUGGCACCUAUGACUUUUGCAAAUGGAAUCAGUUGUGUUAUAGUUUGGAGGGAACUGUCUCAAUUACAUGUUGAACUACAUUUUGAACACUUUUGAAUUUAAAAUGUGAGAAGGAUUUGUAUGGCACUUAAAAAACAAGUCAUCUGAAUUGUUACUUGAAACGGAAAAUAGCUUGUGAAAUUUUGUCAAAUCACAAACCUCUGUAUGUUUAUCGUUACCUCAGCAAUGACCACUCUGGAAAAAAUGUACAUUGAAAUUAACAGGGAGACUUCUAUAUCACUAAUAAAAUAUUAUUAAUUUUAUGUUUCUUCAAACUUAAGUAUUGCAAAAAUAAUCGAAGUUUGAUUCGUUUAAAAUGUGUAAUCAACUAAUUAACAUACUUUUCUGAGGUGCUUUUUUUUUUGUUUUGUUUUUUUUUUUACAUUUUUAAACUUUGUCCUUUUUUACCUGUCAGUUUAAGGUUCUUGGCAUAAAUAAAGGUUGGUCCCUGCCAUAGUCUCUAUGCCAAGGAGGAUAAGUCACACUUCACUAUUUAAUUGUGAUGAUAAACCCAUGAAAUAGGAGAUAUAACUAUCAACUGCAACUAGGUUUGGCACAGUGUUUCUGUAUUAUGUGUUUUAAGUCCACUUGAAUAAUACAGGGAUUAAAAAUUUACAGUGCACGUAUGUCCUGAAUGGUAUACUUAAGUUUGAUCUCACAAACCAUCAGGGCUAUAAAAAUAACUUUAUACCAUUAGAAAUUGAACAUGUUGCUUUUUAAUUCUGUUCUCUGGCAUGUCAUGAGAUCAGAAAUUAAAAAAAAAUUAUUUGUCAUCCUUCUUCCCCUUUUCUGCUUCCUGCUUGUAUUGGCAUGAUUUUAGUAGCCACUAUCUCGGAAAACAGGUAAUAUUCUGCCAAUGUAAGAUGGGGGAAGAAGAGGGAAAGCAAUAUGGUAAUCAGAAUUUCAUGUGAAUGUAAGGUUGGAUCUUGUGACCUGAUUAAGCUAGAAGCACAUUGGUAGACCAAUACAAGUAUUUCUGAGACAAUAUAUUUUUUCAAAGCAUUUGCCCUGUACCAGAAAUGAAAAUGAUCCCUGUAGUAUCAGUGGAACUUAUGGACUCUUAUGGUUGAAAUGUGAGAUUAAAUGUGGUUUAUCAUUUUUAAAAUUAAAUUUAGUUGGAUUCUUCAGAGCUGCAUGUUCGAUGAUCAGAGUUUUCAAAUUAGUCACAAAUAAUAAAGUAAUCACUAAAAUUGUUUAAUUGCUCCCUGUGUAAAAUAAGCUUUUUAAUAGGUAAGGCAAAAAAUGAAUAGCACAACUGGAUGAAUGUGAAAAUAGUGAAUUGUAUAAAAGUUUUUGUAUGUUUUGUCUAUCCUCUUUUCUUUCUUCAAACAGAUUGUGCCAAGAAGCAACCAACUAUUUAUUUUGACUUAAGAAAAACAAAUAUUUUUAAUUAUGUUUAGAAAACCUACUGUACUAAUGAACUACAGUGCCCUUUUGACCAUCACAUUUAUCUAGUUUUACUUAAUUCAUCAGUUGGCACAUAUUGCACAAAAUGGUCACUGUUUACAUUUAAAGAAAACAAUUUAAAUUGUUUUAACAAGGGUUUUUAUAUUGAAAAUUAUUGUAUAAUUUUAAGUGAUUUAAUGUAAUAAAGACUGA